ACCUACAGUUAAAGUGUAAAUCUGCACUGUCAAACCAACGAGGGAUUGGAUCAAGUGGUAAGCGGCUUGUUUCAGUUUAAGCAAGGUUUCGAGUUCAAGACAUUGUGAAUGCAGCAACUCUCGCUGGGAGACUCACCCACCAUUUUCAGGUGCGCGACGCGGGUCGGGUUCGAAUUAGUCGAGAGGCCUCUUCCUUCUGCUAAGAUCCCGUGAAUCUCAGCCACUCCAUUUAUCUCAGUCUCCCAGUCUCAGUCCCAGUGAAAACCGUCCUCAUUCUCACAUUUUUGGUUGUUGAUUUUUCUAAGAUGUAAGUCAUGAUGAGCAAGAUAGAGCCAGGGAUUGGUCGCAACUUGCCAGUCUUAUAUAGGCAAAUCACAUUUCUCUCUUACUAUGGAUUAUUCUCAAAUCUUAGAUCUGCUACAUAACUUCAUGUAUUUGUAGACUUUUAGCAUGCUUUUGAUAUUUUC